AAGCCGUCUUGAAUUCAUCAUCAAUCAAUCACCAUUAGUGCCAGUUGCAAUGCACAGACUACACAUGCUAUUUACUUCAAUACCACCGUUGUUCAUACUAUACUAUACUGGCUUCAAUCCACAAAGAUUCCCGUUUCAAUCCACUCCACGGGAAAUUCAGCCAGCCAGUACAACUAUGAGAAACUAUCAUUGAGGUCAACGUUGACUAUUCAGGACUAGUGGAGUUGAUUGGUGAAAUUGCUUGGAAACAGCAAGGAUAGUUGAAGAUAUUUGGUAAUUCCUGUUAGAGUUUCUUUUAUUAUGGCCACUGAAAAGGAUAUGGAGCAAACAGAAACCACUGUUGAUGAGAUAGGAGCUCCACUGAUAGCUCAAGAUGGUAAGAGCAAAGAGGAUAAUUUCAUGGUUUACUUAAGUACAUUUGUUGCAGUUUGUGGUUCCUUUGCUUUUGGAUCAUGUGCUGGUUACUCGUCUCCUACGCAGUCUGCUAUCAGAGAAGAUUUAAAUCUGUCGCUUGCAGAGUACUCCUUGUUUGGAUCAAUACUAACAUUCGGGGCAAUGAUUGGCGCGGUUGCAAGUGGACCCAUGGCCGAUUUCUUCGGUCGCAAAGGGGCAUUGAGAAUAUCAACCGCUUUCUGUACCGUAGGGUGGCUAGCAAUCUACUUUGCUCAGGGGCCUCUGCCUUUGGACGUUGGAAGACUAGCAACAGGAUUUGGGAUGGGUGUGUUUUCCUAUGUGGUACCUGUGUUCAUAGCUGAAAUAGCGCCAAAGAGUUUAAGAGGUGCAUUAACAGCGGCAAAUCAGCUUAUGAUAUGUACAGGAGUGUCGGUUGCGUUUAUUAUAGGAACGGUGCUGACGUGGCGGAUCUUGGCUUUGACAGGUUUGAUACCUUGUGCGGUUCUACUAGUGGGGCUGUUUUUUGUUCCAGAAUCUCCUAGAUGGCUGGCUAAGAUAGGAAAACAUAAGGAGUUUGAAGCUGCCCUGAGAAAACUUAGAGGAAAGGAUGCCGAUAUAUCCGAGGAGGCAUACGAAAUCCAGGAUUAUAUAGAAACGCUACAAAAGCUUCCUAAAGCCAAACUAUUCGACUUGUUUCAAAGAAGAUAUUUGCGAUCGGUCACUAUUGGAGUUGGACUAAUGGUCUGUCAACAAUUUGGAGGAAUCAACGGAAUCUGUUUCUAUACAAGCAGUAUCUUUGAGUCUGCAGGAUUUCCUGCUGAUAUUGGAACAAUAAUCUACGCUGUUCUUCAGGUCAUCAUUACUGCCUUAAAUGCACUCUUUGUAGACAAAGCCGGUCGAAAGCCAUUAUUACUGGUUUCAGGAGCCGGAUUGGUCAUCGGUUGUUUAUUAACAGCAAUUUCAUUCUACUUGAAGACUUAUAAAAUAGGACUAGAGGCAGCACCCGCACUAGCUGUAACUGGAAUACUGUUGUAUAUAGCUUCAUUCUCUGCAGGCAUGGGAGCAGUUCCAUGGAUUAUAAUGUCCGAGAUAUUCCCUAUCAACAUCAAGGGGGCAGCUGGAAGCCUAGCAACACUUACAAACUGGUUUGGUGCAUGGCUUAUAUCAUUCACUUUCAAUUUUCUCUUAAGCUGGAGUUCUUAUGGCACUUUCCUCGUAUAUGCGGCUAUAAACUUAGCCGGUAUUCUGUUUAUUAUCGUGAUGGUUCCUGAAACAAAAGGAAGAACUUUGGAACAGAUUCAAGCAGCCAUUAAUGCUUGAUUUACCACAAUCUAUCUCCAUGGGUGCCAAAAUGUGAAGAUUGCAAGGUACAGCAAGAAAUAGAGAAUCUUCAAAUUAUUGACACCAUGUGUUGUACUGGAGUUGAUUUAUUUUCUGGCACAAUUUGUAAUUCUAGUUUAUUGUUAUUGUGUUUUAAAUCCAUGUUUCAUUCAACUUUAUGUAAUAAUUCUGGUUUUAUUUAACAUUUUUUUUUAAAUUCAACUAUAUUUUUAGUAGAA